AUGAUCUCUCCGCCCGUACAACCACCUCCUUCACCUUCAAAACCUUUGGUUCAACAACCGCUAAGCUCAAUGUCAACCCUUCUGAGGAAACGACAAAGUGCCUACGAAGAGAAACCGGAGCCGCAAAAAGAAGAUUCGAUUGCGCCACGACCUGGAAGUGUUCAAGAAAGAUUGCAGAAACUAAACGGACGUGAUACUGCUCCUAUAUUAAACAUGGCUAUUGUCGCGAAUUCGAAUUCAAGUUCCAAGUCUAACGAAACCAAAGAUUCCCCGAAAACGGAAGAACCGAAGAAAGGAAAAAUAUUGCCGAUCACUACGGAGAGCAAAACGGUUACCACUACACUGACGUCUACUAGUACAAAGACGAGAAAAGCCAAUGUAGAAAAGAAGGUUCAGCACGUUUCCGAGGGAAAAUGUGUCGAAGAAGUUGAGCGAACGUGUACAGAACAAGAUGAGGUUAGCGUUACCAAGGUACGAUUUAAAAUAGUAUCUGUUACAAAUUAA